AUGAUUCUCUAUCCGUUUACGUUACCACUGUCUUAUGUCAUCUGGACCGCAGGCGCUCGACACCGCUUGAGUAAUUCCUGUGUUCCAGGUUCUGGUGGUUCAUCGUUCUUGUGGUUGUCAAUUAAUCGAGAGGAAGAUGUUGGAGAGGGGUACUUCGGAUUAACGCGGUCUCUAGAGAGGUCUGGGAAAUUGCUGCGUGGCGCUGCAAAAAUGGCAGCACAACUCUGUGCUGGCCUUGGCUUUCUUUUUGAUAUUGCCAAUGCCUGCAACUUUUUGCUGGACAAACCCUGGAUCAUGACAGAGCUGUUAGCAAAUAAAAUCCUUCGUGGAUUCAGAGCAGCCCGUCCUUCAACAGCAGAAACAGGAGCAGAACUCCUUCUAGCUCCAGCUGUUUCUGGUGAAGAGGAUGAAUAUACUGAUGAUAAGGAAUAUGACUAUGGACCUCAACCUGUGCUGGUUCACCAAUCCAAACAUGCAAACCCAAGCACACAACCAGGAUCAGAACACCUGCUAGCUCAAUCAGUUUCUGAUGAAGAGGUCCAAGAUAAAGCAGAUGAAGAUCAUGGCUAUGAGAACGGAAAAUUCAAGGAUAAAUUUGAAGAAGAUGAGGCUGAAGUGGGUGAAAACUGGGAAGAUGACUAUGAGCCUCUCCCUAUUGUGGUCCUUCAAUCUGAACAUAGGAAAUCAAACACACAACCAGGAUCAGAACGCCUGCUAGCUCAAUCAGUUUCUGAUGAAGAGCUCAAAGAUAAAGCAGAUGAAGAAGGAGGCUAUGACGAUCGAAACUAUGAGGAUAAAGCUGAAGAAGAUGAGGCUGAAGGUGGAGAAAACUGGGAAGACGACUACGAGCCUCUCCCUGUUAUGAUGCCACAAUGCGAACACAGAAAUUCGGUCUCCUUAUGGGCUUCCUACAGUGAGACAUGCAGGCAGCAGAAAGAAGCCAAGAUGGCAAACGAGGACAUCCUGGACAAACUGAGAAGCAUUGUGAGCUCGGGACAUCCCCAGAAUAAAUACUUGGAAGCUGAAAAACUCGGCCAAGGGGGAUAUGGAGCUGUUUAUCGAGCUGUUGAAAUUGCCACCCAACAAGAGGUGGCCAUAAAGCACAUGAAUGUCAGAAAAGAGUCUGAAAGGGUUCUAAUGAACGAAAUCCUGAUUGUCCGGGAACAUAAGAAUCCAAAUAUCGUCAACUAUCUAGACAGCUAUGUGGUGGGUGAUGAAAUCUGGCUGGUUCUGGAAUACCUGGCUGGUGGCUCCCUGGCUGAUGUCCUUACGGCAAUGUAUAUGGAUGAGGGACAGAUAGCAGCUGUCUGUAGGGAGUCUCUGCAAGGCUUGGAUUUCCUUCAUUCCAAUGGGAUCAUCCACAGGGACAUCAAAAGUUGUAACAUCCUACUUGGUAUGGAUGGGUCUGUCAAACUGGCUGAUUUUGGCCUUUGCGCUCAGAUCACCCCUGAGCAAGACAAAAGGAUGACAUAUUGUGGAACUCUCCACUGGAUGGCACCAGAAAUGGUGAAGGAAAACCCAUAUGGCCCCAAGGUAGACAUUUGGUCCUUUGGUAUAACAACAAUAGAGAUGGCUGAAGGACACCCACCGUAUGCCUAUGAAGCACGUAGCAGGGUGAACGAUCUGAUUGCUCUUAAUGGGACACCAAAGCUGCAGAACCCUGAUGAACUGUCUGCAGAACUUCUCGACUUUCUCCACUGCUGCUUGGAAGUGGAUGUGUAUAGGCGAUGGUCUGCCAAGGACCUUCUGCAGCAUCCUUUUGUCAUAUCAGCAUGGCCAGUCUCCAGCUUGAUUCCGCUGAUCACCGCAGCAAAGGAAGAGAAAAAUGGCAUCCACUAG